AUGGCAUUUGAACAUAACUGGGUCCUCGAGCGGUUCGUUGAAAGCCAGUCAGCAAAUCCGAUGCCUCGCAAGGUCAUUGGCGAGGACGCUAUUUAUCUUUGCCACAACGACUUUGGCGAUCUCCAAGAGGAACAUCUCCAAAACAUAGUUCCCAAGAUUGCAGAUUUUGGACUAGCACAACGGGGAGAUGGCGGGGAGCCGCUCCUCCAUCCAAUACAGCCCAACCAUUGUCACGCACCUGAAGUGCUACUCGGAACAAGUUGGUCCUAUAGUGCCGAUAUUUGGAAUUUCGCCGUUAUUUUAUGGGACCUACUUGGUGAACGGGAGCUAUUUCUCGGCAGGCCUCAGAACGUCCCGGACGGGAACGAGUACAGUGCCGCGCACCAUCUCGCCGAGAUGAUUGCACUUAUUGGCCCCGUACCACGGCAAUUAAUACAACGACAGAGAGACAUGAGGCACUGGUGCUGGGAGCCACGCAUCCCGAACGCCAAAGGGGAUGUGUGUAACAACGCGGAGGAUUAUUUUGGCGGCCCUUUUUUCGAUGACCAUGGUAAGUUCAUGUAUGAGUCAUUGAUUCCGUUUCAUCGGCAGUUGGGAAAAGAAGUGCCAGGCUGUAUUGUUUCUGAGGACUUGGAGCGCUUCCUGAAAUUCUUGAAACGAAUGCUAUGUUGGCUCCCUGAGGAAAGGGCAACAGCCGGCGAACUGGCUGAAGAUCCAUGGCUCUUUUCUUGA